AUGCGCACCUUUGGUCUUGCCCUUCUGCCGCUAUGCGGUCUCAUUGUUGCAUCGCCUGUAGCUGAUCCACCGCAAAGUGUGGACAUUCACAACUCACCUCCAUCGGAUCUUAAGAUACCGCCCAAGCAGAUUUUGUUCACCAAAUGUCUGGAUAACCCCUUCCCCAACGGCAUUCCAAAUCAGCCGGGCAAAUGUGAUGGGAAAUUUCCGUCCAACGACCGCUUCCGCACCAUCGGAACCAGUGGUCCUCUAUAUCACGAGAAGGACUCCAGAUGCAGUGAUACUGAAAAGAAUAUUUUCGAGACAGCUCUCUGGGAGGCGGCGACGCUUGCUUCAUAUUCGUCCAACCUCCCAAAUAACGGGGCGGGCUCCAGAGGCUCUGCGUCAGCCUUGUGCAAAGAAUCAUGCAAAUUCUCACCGAUUACCUUAACUGGAACUUAUCAAAGCCCCUCGUCUUUCUCAAGCUCAAUUCCUCCUGGGAGCAGUGGAAUCAGGUACCCAGUGUCAGUCAAACCUGGAGUUAGCCCGCGUCCUUCUCCCCCUCCCAAGACUACUGUUAGCUUAUCAAGCUCUGUUUCUCUAGGAACAGAGCAUACUUUGUCUGAACUUUUUGGUAAAGUGGGAGAUGCUCUUUCCCCGAGGCCCGUCGUCAUGGGCUCAAAAACUGGUAUCUAUGGUCUGACCACUUUCAUUCCGAUCAUCUCUGGCGGACCGAUUACAUCCCCGUCAGCUACUUCCAAUCCUACACUGGAAAUCAUUGCACCAACAAGUCCGGAGGCUCAGUCGAGUAUUAGCCACCUGUCAGCGGAGCUUGUUGGCCUUAUUCGCAAGAUUAACUCAUGGGUCGAGCAUCCUGACGCCCCCGAGGCUACAGGCGUUAUUCAUGCUAUCGAGAAUAUUCAUCCGGAUAUUGAGGGCCUCCUCAAGAGGCUCGAUCCCGAAUCGGGCUCAAGGAGUUGUAAGAGCACGAGUAGGAAACGCAUUAAGAGAGACAUCUCUAGCCGCAGCGCUUUCCUGUCCUUGUUUGAUCUCGUGGAUAACACCCUUUGUUCAGUAAAUGAUAUCAGAAACAAUGUCAGGGACAACAUUCUGAACGACGUGAAAUCGAACCUCAAGGACCUUCAGAAUGAGGUUGACAGCCUUCCUCAAGAAACGGGGCCAGAUAAACAGCCCACUCAGUCUCGAAGCCAAUCGUCUUCGAACCCAUCAACUUCAUCGUUAUCUUGCUCUGCGCCAGCAACAGUCAGCGAUUGCAGUGUCAUUUGUGACAUAUCAACCCUACCCACUUCUACCGUAUCUUGCUCUACCACUUGCUAUUCUACAUUCUUGGAUUGUAGUUCGACAGGCACAAUCACAACCACCACUGUCGAAGCUUGUACAAAACCCUCAGGCUGGAGCAAUGUGGCGGACGGGGAGGAUUUUCCUAUGUCCCAGCACCUUGGCACAUCAGGUAUAGCUGCACCCAGUGGCGCAAGUGCGUCCUGGCGCUCUACGCCAAUUGCACGGAGCCUACGACUGGGAGCUCGGCCCAGCUCCUCAGUUCCUGUAGUGACAAGUGUCGGCUUCCCAACCUCAUCGAAUGCAACCAUCAAGUUGAGCACAUCCAUCCCAGAUUGUCUGGCAGAUGGGGCUCCGUGGUACAGCCCUACAAGUUGGUGCGACUGUGGACCGGGUUCAACCUAUCCAACACUGCCUGUUACCUCUGGUUCUACGAUAGCCAAUUGUGCAUACACUUCGCUGCCUGCAUCAACCAUUCAACCUGCGAGUACGUCCGCCGCGCCAACGAAUAUCCCAGGCCAAGGCGGUAUUCCGGCCUGUGUUGCGGUUGCUUCAAGCAAGGAAACAUCAGCAUACUGUAACUGCGGUGGUAUACUGGCUCCAACCCUCAAUCCCACCGCUUCUGGGCUGCUAAACUGUGCCUACACGGCUCUGCCAACUCAUUCCUACAACCCGGGGCGGACGCCGCCAUCUGCUACGCCAGCCCGCUCAUAUGCACCUGGAAAGUGCAAGGUGCAUAUCGUGCAAGCCCUCGGACAACAAUUUAGAGAUCCUGAAGUCGUGCUCGGCAUUAAUAUCACUGACGCGCAUGGCACCACUAUUGGUAAUAACAAGGGCUCCGUUAAGUGGGGUCAAACACUCAAUACAGACAGUCUACUCCCAUGGGUCCUCAUAAGCGGCCCGGUUUAUUUUGCGUAUGCUUCGCAAACGUGGGAUGCCACCUCUUCACAAUGCUCGGUGGGAGACUGGAAUAACGGCAACGCGAACGACUCCUUUGGAUCCCUGAUUUUCGGUGAAGACUUUUUGCCUAAUCGCCAAAUCGAUUGCUUAUUUGACUGCCCGGCUCCAGAUAAUAGUGAGAAACGGGAUAUGGUUGAGCAUCAUGACAAAGUAUGGAAGCAAGACUUGAAAAGUCCUUCGCCGACUAUCGGCAACGACCCGUCACCUAGUGUUGAACAACUCUAUGAGAUACGAGAUCUGAAUCCCCAAGCAAGCCAUGGCGCAGCGUGGGUCAAGUACGCCCCAAGUGGAGCACGAUAUUUCAAAGAGUGGCAAGAAAAGACAGGCAAUGACAUAGUAUACUCAUGCGACUUCGACGAUUUCUUCAAUGUCGUAGCCUUGAACCGAGCACAGCCAGCGAGCGGUAUCCGAGGCAUCCUCCAAGAAGCAGGAUACGGCACUGGCCGGGAGUAUCUCGCUGUCUCUAUCGAAGGCCCCAAGGAAAACCCCAUCGCUGACUUUACCAACACCAUCAGCGCCACCCAGGGCGUCUUUCUGGCCAACGCGAACGACCGCGGCAGCCCACCUGUGGCCUGGCAGUUUUCAGCGGUUGCCUGGGAAUUGUGGAAAAGAACCGUGCUGACAGAGAACCCGGAAUGGAAAAAUGACAUGUCAAAAGCAGACUACUCAGGCAUCACGUCUUUCUGGCGCCGGCGGGAGAUCGACAAUGAGGACACCCAGUACGGCGUCUUGCUUAAUAAUUAUGCACUGGAGAAUGGCCGCUACGCACCGCCGUACACCCAGUCCAUCCUCCACGACGCUUUCAAUGACCUGGAUAUCAAUUCCAUCCAGACGUGGCACCCGGCCGAUACUAAUCAAGAUACCAACCCUUUCUGGGCGCUGCUGGGGAGCCCCAAUGGCAAUGGAAUCCAGCACUUCUUGACGGAUAACAAGGUGGAGCUAAAGGGUAAAGACGUCAAGAAGAUGCGAAGGCCUAGCCAGGAUCUCGCUUCUGACCCGAUACCUCUGCCCGAACCACACGUGCUUCCCACAAUGGAGACUAAGAUGAGGUUCAGGCAUUUCGUUAAAUCCCUGCAAGGAAAGAACGUAUCCGAAGUGCUGUAUGCGCUGUAUACCUUCUUUGAGAUGCUGGAGGACCGAGUUCCAUGUCAGACACAGCAUAUGAUUCUUCAGUCAAUCCAGCGGCAUCUUGAAUAUCAUGCAUUUUGGUACCUCAAGCGGUAUUUCCUCCCAGACUCUACGGAGGUUGGGACAGUUCUGGACGGCCAUGGAGACAUUUCGUGGUGCUACUACAAGCCCCUGAAAUCAGAUUUUCUUUUCACUCUACCUACAACCUGGGCAAUCUCAUACUAUUAG